AAUGGAAGAGAAACUACAAUGAUAGAAAUAUAGAUUCUGAAAACUCUACAGAACUUGACAAUUUAGGAGCUUCUCAGGUACCUUUACGAAGUGAAGUUAGUCUUCUAACCUCUUUUUUUUUAGAUUCCAAUUUUAGCAUUACUUCUGUAAACGAAGUAACUUUACCAACUGAACAAGAAGUGUUUACUCCUCUGGCUAUUAUUCCUCUAAAACAAUUCAAAGCACGUAUUUAUCUAUGGUCAUCUCGAAGUUUAGACCAACACUCUUUAGGAUUUAUAGAUUAUCGAUUCUUCACAACAUGUUGUGCUGAAGGAAAGGUUUCUCUUCCUCCUUUUCAGGAAUUACCAAAGUCACUCAAAAUGCUUCUUAUUGGAACAGAUUCAAGUGCACAUUUAUUUCGUCAAAAUAUUAGGAUGUAUAAUUCAGCUUUGGCUUUUACAUCUAUGGGUGCAAAGCUUGAUUAUAGUGUAACAGGAACAAGUGGAAUUUAUAAUUUUCACAUUCAUGGUGAAAUGUAUCAUUCAAUAGGCUCCUUACUUCCUAAUCAUGAAAAGCUUCAGCAAAUAUUACACUUCAUGAACCCAUAUAGUAAAAUGUUCAAACAAGCUGGAGCUAUGCUAAGCUUAAAUCCGUCCUUAAACUUACGAAUAUUGAUCACAGAUAGUAGAAAAAAAGAUUCUAGACAUUACAAUACUCCAACUGCAUCUGAGGUUGCAGUUAUUAUGAUUAGAGAUAGUCAAGAACAUGAACCCUUAAGCCAUGAUAUUGUAUUACAAUUACAUGAAGGAGGACUUCAGCGAAUAUCAGAAAUACACCACGCUUAUGAACCAUUGCAUUAUGUUCUUAUAUUUCCCAGAGGUGAGGAUAGGUGGCAUCCUUAUAUUCCUAUAACUAACUCUUUUUCUACAUCUUCUAUACAAGAUAUUGUAGAUGACGACUUUAUCACUAUUGCUGAUAAUGAUGAUAAUGAGUUGUAUGAUAGAAGUCUAGCUGUUAUACACCUCCAAGUUCACCUUCCUGGACAGCAUAGAAUAUUAUUUCAGAAUGAUAAAAGUUUAAAAAUUAUAUUUGACUGUGCUGAAUCAGAAUCAACAACACUUACAGCAUGGUUUCAAGCUAAUGCAUUGUAUCCUGAAGCAAGAAAUCUGACAUAUGGAACUUUUCCUACUCAGUGGGAAGCCUGUGCUGUCUUAGGCUUGCUACAAGAUGAUGACGAAUGGGAUCAAUGUUUAGCAGAGGCUGCUCAAGUACAGUCUGGAGCACAACUACGUAAUUUGUUUGCUACACUUCUUUUGUUUUGUGCUCCAAUAAGCUCUGAAAAACUUUGGGAGAAGUAUUUUUUUGCUCUUAGUGAUGAUCUACAAUUUCAAACUACUAAUACUUUUGAAAAUACUAACCUUCACAACAGAGCCUUAACCCAUUUAGAUUCAAUUUUAUGUAGACACGGAAAAUGUCUUAAAGAUUUUCCUGAAAUGCCCAUUCCCGAGAUCUUUUCUGAUUCUGAUUCUGACUAUGAUAAUCAACUAAUUACAGAAGAACGAAGCUAUAAAAUUGAAGAACUUACUCAAAUAUUUGAAGAUGGAAUUCUUCAAUUAAAUAUAGAUCAAAAAUAUGCGUUUAAUAAAAUAAUAUCUGCAGUAGAAAGUAGAACUCCUGCUCUAUUUUUCAUUGAUGGUCUAGGUGGAACAGGAAAAACCUUUUUAUAUAAUAUUUUACUUGCAAAACUUUCCAAUGAUAUUGUUUUAUCAUCUGAAGAGUUAAACAACUUAAUCAAAUUUGUGUAUUCUCAUUUUUCACAAUAUACUAAUUUACAAUAUUUAGUUAGUCAUGCCUUACUUGCCCCUAAGAAUGAUCAGGUUAAUGCGAUUAAUCAUCUAAUUAUAACUUAUUAUCCAG